UUUUGAGAGUCGAGGUGUCAUAGUUUUUUGGGGGGGCCUGCUUUCAUUGAUUGGAGGUCCUCGCCUCCUGCCCCCUUCCUCCUUACACCCCCCCCCAACACCUUUUCCUCCGCAGGGCCCGCCUCUGUCUCUGCAGGUCCCGCCCCUUCCUCUUUCAGCCCCGCCCCUUCCUCUGCAGGUCCCGCCCCUUCCUGUUUAGGGCCCAACCCUUCGGGUUGUGGGAUCUAACCUACAAACUUCUGCACACCAGGCGAGUGUGAAUUUUUUUCCGCUCAGAUGGCUUCACACCUUGUUCCAUUACCAAUCGUCAAACAAGAAAACGAAGAGAAUCCUGGUGCGCGUUCUUACUUGACGGGGCGAUGUGAAGACACGCAUGCCGGAGCAGUCGUGAAGCAAGAAGAUGAUGAAGGGAGUCUGGGCACUGAGAUAAUGAGGAUUCUGGUGAAAUCCGAGGUCAAUGGAGAUGCUCCAGAUGUGAAGACUGUUGAAGUGGAAGGAGCCGGUGGGAGGCCUGGGGAGGCAGGCAGCCGCCGUGGAUGUCCGCUCACUCCAGACCAGAACUUCAUCGAGGUUGCCCUAUCAGAGGAGGACGUUGGUGACGCGGACGAGGCGACGGCGUUGAAGGAACUGCCGUGCGCGGGGUGCGGCAAGGGCGGAGGCCGCGGAACGACGGCGGGCAAAGCGCAACGCGGCGGCGACGGCGAGACCCCACGAUCCUGCGCGCGUUGCGGAAAGGCGCUCGAGGUCGCCGCGACCGCCGCGGCCCAUCGGAGGAAGCACAGGUGCCAGGAGUGCGGAAUGGUGUUCGGGACGCGCUACGCUUUGGACACCCACUCGGCGGCGCACGCGGGCGCGUGGCCGCACGCGUGCGCCGGGUGCGGCAAGGGCUUCGCGCAGCGCUCGGAGCUGAAGAAGCACGCGCGGACGCACACGGGCGAGAGGCCGCACGCGUGCGCCGAGUGCGGGAGGGCGUUCGCGCAGCGCUCCGACCUGGGCAAGCACGCGCGGACGCACACGGGCGAGAGGCCGCACGCGUGCGCCGAGUGCGGGAGGGCGUUCGCGCGCUCCUCGGACCUCGGGGCGCACUCGAGGACGCACACGGGCGAGAAUCUGCACGCGUGCGGCGAGUGCGGCCGGCGCUUCGUCCGGCGCUCGCACCUGGAGGCGCACUCGGCGCUGCACGCGGGCCUGAAGCCGCACGUCUGCGGCGAGUGCGGGAGGGGGUUCGCGCGCCUCGCCCACCUGGAGGCGCACACUGCGCUGCACACGGGCGAGAAGCGGCACGUGUGCGGGGAGUGCGGCAAGGCAUUCACGCGGUCGUACAGCCUGAAGAAACAUUCGGCGGCGCACUCAUGUGGCUGUGGAGAGCCGGCAAACCACCGCGUCGUCUCUGCGUUCGUCUUGUGCCGCAUCUCAUCGUCUUGCGCCGCUUCUCGCCGUCUUGUCCCGCAUCUCGCCGUCUUGUCCCGCAUCUCGCCGUCUUGUCCCGCAUCUCGUCGUCUUGUCCCGCAUCUCGCCGUCUUGUGCCGUGUCUGGCCGUCUUGUCCAGCCGUCUUGCGCCGCAUCUCGCCGUCUUGUCCCGCAUCUUGUCGUCUUGUGCCGUGUCUGGCAGUCUUGUGCCGCAUCUCGUCGUCUUGUGCCGCGUCUCGUCGUCUUGUCCCACAUCUCGUCGCUCUGCUGCCUUGGAGCGACCCGCAGAUGUCCUCGCGCGCGAAGUUUCCGAUCGGCAAACACGAAGAAGAAGGAGACGCGGGCAGUCGAAGUCCCGCGCUCCGUCCCGACUUCACAAUGCGACGUGAUGACGCUGACGACGCCGCCGGUGAUGGGAGUCGUUUCGGCGAUGCCGAAGAAGAAGGGGCGACCGAGAGGCUGUGGGAGUCGGGGAGCUACCGCGGACAGGCGGCAACAUCGGAGCGGAAGCCGUUCAGGGUGGAGGUGUGGGCGGAAGACGUCAAGAAGUUCGUUGAGGUGCAGUUGCUGGAUGAGGACACGGGUCAAGACGCGGCCGACGAAACGCAACUGCCGUGCGACGAAUGCGGCAGGGGUUUCGGCAAGCGCUUGCAGACGCGCGCGGGCGACGCGAAUCGCGGCGUAGGCGGCGCCGGCAACGAGGGCGGCGGCAGCAGUCAAAUCCCUCCGGCCUGCACGCGGUGUGGGAAGUCUCCGGGCACAGGCACGAGUCUCGGCCGGAGGCCGGAGAGCCGCCCGCAACCAACGGCCGGGAGCUCGCGCAGACGGCAACGCGACAGGCCUCGGCGCGUCCGCUACGACGCCGCCGAUGCCGACGCGACGGACGCCGACCGGCCCAAGCACGUGUGCGCCGAGUGCGGCAAGGGCUUUCCCUACCGCUACGGCCUGAAGCGCCACGCCAGGUCGCACACGGGCGAGAGGCCGCACGCGUGCGCCGACUGCGGCAAGCGCUACUCGGAGCUCUCGGCCCUCAAAAAGCACUCGAUAGUGCACACGGGCGAGCGGCCGCACGCCUGCGCCGCGUGCGGCAAGGCGUUCUCGCGCCGCUCCGACCUGGAGACGCACGCGCGCACGCACACGGGCGAGAGGCCGUACGCGUGCGGCGAGUGCGGCAAGGGCUUCGCGCAGCGCUUCCACCUGGAGACGCACGCGCGGACGCACACGGGCGAGAGGCCGUACGCGUGCGGGGAGUGCGGCAAGGGCUUCGCGCAGAGCUCCCACCUGAAGGUGCACCUGGCGACGCACACGGGCGAGAGGACGCACGUCUGCACGGAGUGCGGGAAGGGCUUCUGCCAGCGCUCCGACCUCAAGAAGCACUCGACGAUGCACACGGGCGAGAGGCCGUACGCGUGCGGGCAGUGCGGCAGGCGCUUCUCGCACCCGUCGCACCUGAAGAAGCAUUCGCGGGUGCACUCCGGCGAGGUUGAGGAGGUUGAGUACACGUGCCACGAUUGUGGGGAAGGGUUUUUGCGGAUCGAUGCUCUGAAGAAACAUUUUUUCCGGACACACAUAGGCGAGCGUCGUGCGGUGGCCGAGUGUCAGGGUCGGCCUCGUUUCAACCAGAUGGAUUUAGACGUGAAGUUGCCGUUCAUCAAGCAAGAAAAUGAAGACUAUCCAAGCACCGGGACGGGUCCGGACCCAACGGUGAAACGUGGAUUUACUGCCGCCGCCGGACAUCUGAAGGAUGUUAAAGUUGAAAGAAACACCGAGACACCGGUAGAGGACGAGGAGGAGGAUGAGGAUGAGAGGGGAGACACCCGCGGAUAUCCGGCCGUACCCGGCAAGAAGUUGGUGAAGAUGGAGGUGUGGUCGGAAGAUGUCAAGAAAUUCAUCGUCGUCAAGUUGCUGGAGGAGGACAUUGGUCAAGCCGCCGUUCCGAACGCCGCCGCUCGAGUCGAGGAACCCCGCGGGAGAGCAGAGACGAGGUGGGGCCCCCGUGGGCGUGAUGACGAAGCUCGGGAUCGCAACUUCAUCGAGGUGGAGCUGUCCGAGGAGGACACGGGCCAAGAGGCCGAGCCAAAACAAAUGCAGCUCCUGUGCGGGGAGUGCACGGCAGCAACGGCAAAGGAAGACGUCCAUUUCUCGGCGUCCGACCGAGCGGAGCGGACCGGCCGGACCGGCGAUCGGGCGGCGGCGGGAGCCUGCGAGCGGUGCGGCAAGACGAUGGUCGGCACCCCGGCGCCGCCCGCCGCCCCCGCCGGCGCGGGGGGCAAGAAGCCGCACGCGUGCGCCGAGUGCGGCAAGCGCUUCCGCACGCGCUACAACCUGAACACGCACUCGCUGAUGCACACGGGCGAGUACACGCACGUGUGCCCCGAGUGCGGCAAGGGCUUCGCCACGCGCUUCACGCUCAAGAAGCACUCGCGCAUCCACACGGGCGACUGGCCGCACGCGUGCGACGAGUGCGGCAAGGGCUUCGCGACGCGCUUCGACCUCGCCAAGCACUCGCGCACGCACACGGGCGAGCGGCCGCACGCGUGCCCCGACUGCGGCAAGCGCUUCGCCCACCGCUACAACCUGGAGGCGCACUCGGCGUCGCACACGGGCGAGUGGCCGCACGUCUGCGCCGAGUGCGGCAAGGGCUUCACGCAGCGCUCCGACCUGGAGACGCACGCGCGCACGCACACGGGCGAGCGGCCGCACGCGUGCGGGGAGUGCGGCAAGGGCUUCGCCAAGCGCUCGCACCUGGAGGCGCACUCGGCGUCGCACACGGGCGCGUGGCCGCACGUCUGCGCCGAGUGCGGCAAGGGCUUCGCCAAGCGAUCCGACUUCGAGAGGCACACGCGGUCGCACACGGGCGAGAAGCCGCACGUGUGCGUCGAGUGCGGCAAGGGGUUCACGCGGAUCUCCGCGCUCAAGAAACAUUUCGUCGUGCACGCCCUUGAGUGAACUUGGAACUGAACUGAACUACGUACAUUUUUUUUUCUUCACCAGGUGUGAGGCCCCCCCAAUAGCUUCCUUUUUCAGAAGCGGCUUGGCCAUCAUGAACGGUAGCUCGGCGAAGGGUGACUGAUGUCAUCGUCGUCUUCGCAUGGAAAUUCAUAGCAGCAGCAGCAGCAGCCAAAUACUCUUAAACGCGUGAUGUCGAUUAUAAAUGUGGGAGAGAAAAACCGGAGGUCCCGGAGAAAAAUCCACGCGACCACAGGAAGCGAGAGAGAGAGACACAAACUCCAAAUAUACAGCAGGUGUCAGGGUUGGGAUCAAACCCACGAUCUCCUGCAUACCGGGCGAGGGAGGUAACAUCUGUUCAUUCAGCUUGGAGAGCUGAAUGAAGUUCAAAAGAAUUCACAAACAGACACCGCCUUGUUGUGAAAGACCCAACGCAGAAGAUUCCCUGGGGUUUGAUCUUCCACGAAGCUGUUCAUGGUCCCACCUUAAACCGCAUCAGGCACUGCAUAAAUCAUGGCAGCAGUUGCGGAUGGUAGCCGAUGAUGCACAAAUGGAAAAUCGGAAACUCUCUCCGGUAGUGGCAGUGCCAUGACUGCAGGACCGUACACAACGCGUAACGACGCAAUGCCGCGGUACACAAAUACGAAGGAGGAGACGUCGUCACAGCGAUGCCGACGACGAUUCACUACUCCGCUACUGCUCCUGCUGACACGGUCGUCUGGGCUUGACCACCACCUGAAUGUGACAUUGUAGCUGUUGCUCUGCCAUCUACGUCAGCAGCCGUACGAAAACAGAAGACUCCUAGAUACCCAUAGAGAUCCAGACCCAUACAAACGCACAGAGACUCGGAGAACCAUAGAGGCUCGCAGAGACUCGUAGGCACCCACGGAGACUCACAGAGAUCCGUGGAGACUCGGACCCAGAGACUCUUGUAGGCCCAGGCUCAUAGAGACCCAUAGAGAUCCAUAGACCCAUAGACUAAUAGAGACAUCGCAGCGAUAUGCUACUCCGCUGGCUCCUCACACGAUUGUCUGCUGGCUUGACCGCCACCUGAAUGUUAUAUUGCAGCUGUUGCUCUGCAUCUACAUCUGUAGCCGUACGGAAGAAGAACAAGAAGACGACCGUAGCGCCCAGUCACAUGAUUUGAGCAUUGGGCCUCACCGUGGUUUCCCUGCUCGGUAUCAGCAGCAGCAGCAGCAGCAGGAGAGGAAACUGAACUGAACUAUUUUUUUUACUUUACCAGGUGUAAGGUCCUACUAAGCUGCUAUGUAGCUGUCUUUGAGGAGCAACCUGGCUAUGACAAAUGAUAGCUCAACGAAGCGGCUUAUCGUCAUCAUCAUCACGUGGAAAUGGAUAGCAGCAGCCAAAUGCUGUAAACGCGCGGUGACUUUGACUUUAAAUGUGGAGAGGAGAAAGCGGAGGGCCUGGAGAAAGAUCCACGCGACCACAGAGAGAGAGAGACAGACUCCAAAUAUACAACAGCAGGCGUUAGGGUCGGGAUCGAACCCACGACCUCCUGCAUACCAGGCGAGGUAGUUAACAUCUCACAACGGCCGCCGUUAGGCACUAAGCGGCAGGUGACGUCACCCACGGCGCUUGUGCCAGGCUAGGUGCACCACUUUGCGGCCGUCGAUAAUGUGCUCGUGUGUGUGUAUGCAUUGAGCUUAUUCCGCACCACCGUACGUAGCCAACCUUGCUAA